UCCGAUGCGCUGCGUCGCUGCAGCCAGUCAACUCGUCGAUCGCGCCCUCCUACAAACGCCCGCGCAUAUAGACGGAAAAAGUGCAACGAGCCGUGCGGACAUACUCGUGUAUCCAGUGCCGUGCAACCGAGUGCUCUACUCCGAUCGGACCAUAAGAUCACGAAUAUUCGUGUGGCUGCUCUGCGUGUCUGUGCGAGUGUGUCUGUGUCUGUGUGUGUGUGUGUGUGCGUGAUGCGUGAAUGUGUGCGAGUCGCGAGUGUGACGCACGUCCGCCGCCGCCGAGUCAAGGCGAGAGAGUGGAGAGCCAGUAGGCGCACGCGCGCCUGCAUACGCGAGUGUCGCACCGAAAAAUAAUCUCUCUUUCUCUCUCUCCUGGCUUCGAGACGCGCUUUUCGCCUUCCUUUCUCUGCGCAUACCUCCGGCAGCAUCUCGUCUAGUCGCCCGAACUGUAGAAGCUACAUGAAGUCCGACGGUUCCUCCUCUCUCUCUAUCUCUCUCUCUCUAUCUCUCUCUCUCUUUCUCCACGACGGCCGAACCGGUGUAGUGCCGGCUUCAUGCUGUAUUUUCGACAAAUCCGUGCGCAGCGAGGCCAAAGAGAAAAUGGCGAUUUCCCCUCGAACCGAGCUUCCUUGGAGGAAGCCGCUCCACUCGGCUGCCUCGUAUAGCCGUGCCUAAGGCCGCGGCGAGGCAUUCGGCAGCCCAGCCGGCACAGCUGCCGAAUACAAGAAAUACUUGCAUUAAAAUGCUCACAAAAAGGAGCGUCGUUGAUCGGUGCUCGAUGCGCAAACUACACCAGUAUCACGCAGCGAAAAUGAGAAAAAGUGCCUGAUGAUGAUGCUGCUCGUUUGCUCGCCGCCGUGAAACACGCCUUCGUUUGCCGAGCCGGUGUAGUAGUCUCGUACGGAUAGUAUUCUUUCGGCUGUUUCGGCAACGUAGUACUACAACAGCUCGCUGGCUCUGCGUGCACGUAAAAGGCCUCGUAUAUAGCAGCAGUCGAACGCUGUGCAGACUGUGUACGCACACACACAUAUAUAUGUAUGGAUAUGCAUGUAUAGAAAGAAAUUAAGGGAGCAACGGCGCUUUAUCGAUUCUUUCUCGCUCGCUCGCUGUUAACGCGAGCACGACGCAAAAAGGACGACAAACUCUCGCUGAGCGUCUCGCUUUAGUCUAAUCUUGGAUGCGGGGCCAAAGAUUGCUUUUUUCCUCCUUUUUCGCGCGUGUCUUAGCAGCUUUGUGCUUCAAAAAUAAACUUUUCAGCUUCGAGCUGCUUGGUCCCAGCUAGCCUACCCCGCCACUUUUUUCUUUCCACUUUACUCACCUCGUCGUCGUCGUCGUCGUUAUCAAUCUUCGCGAGACCGGAGCGAGAGCACGUGAUAGAGCGAGCACCGGCUCGUCCAGGUGCGAUAGACGCACUGCUGCGGAACUGAUCGAGCAAUUAACUGCGCGUAAUAAGAGCGUUAUGUAGUGUCCUCCCUCGUAAUUGCAGCAAUUGCAGCUGCUCCGGGCAGAGCGGAAUUCCAGAAAAAGGAGAAGGACCAGUCGUCGAAUUAAUAGCGGCAGCGGCAGCAGCAGCAGCAGUAGCAGCGACAACAGCAACAAUAGCAGACGACACAAUGUCCGUGGACAAAGAAGAAUUAGUGCAGCGCGCUAAGCUGGCCGAGCAGGCCGAGAGGUACGAUGAUAUGGCGGCGGCAAUGAAGUCCGUCACCGAAACCGGCGUCGAGCUCUCGAACGAGGAAAGGAACCUCCUGUCCGUCGCCUACAAGAACGUCGUUGGGGCGAGGCGCAGCUCGUGGCGAGUCAUCUCCUCGAUCGAGCAGAAGACCGAGGGCUCCGAACGCAAACAGCAAAUGGCCAAGGAAUACCGGGAAAAAGUCGAAAAAGAGCUGCGCGAAAUCUGCUACGACGUUCUGGGACUCCUUGACAAGUACCUGAUCCCCAAGGCUAGUAAUGCAGAAAGCAAAGUAUUCUACCUCAAGAUGAAGGGUGAUUACUUCAGGUAUCUCGCGGAAGUGGCUACGGGUGAAACCAGGAAUGCCGUGGUAGAAGACAGCCAGAAAGCGUACCAGGAUGCGUUCGAGAUCAGCAAGGCCAAGAUGCAGCCGACUCAUCCGAUAAGGCUAGGUCUCGCACUCAACUUCUCCGUCUUCUAUUACGAGAUCCUCAACUCGCCGGACAAAGCCUGCCAAUUGGCCAAACAGGCGUUUGACGAUGCGAUCGCCGAGCUCGACACACUCAACGAGGACAGCUACAAGGAUUCGACGCUGAUCAUGCAACUGUUGCGAGACAACCUCACCCUCUGGACCAGUGACACACAGGGCGACGGAGACGAACCACAAGAGGGUGCCGACAACUAACCCUCAUAAAGAUCGUUCGAGUCCUAACAGCAACGUCAACAACAAAACAAAAGACACAAUUCCUCACGGUCCUCAUAUCCCGACCCUUGAAACAAUCCUUUCCCCUUCCCUUUCUCCUCCCCCCGAAACCCCCCUUUCUAAUCUUAAACAGAAAAAGUGGAAAGAGCCAUCCCUUAUUCUUCACCGUUUUUCCCGCCCGCCCGAGAGUUCGUCGCCCCCGUCGUCUACAUUCUUUAUUCGAGGCAGGUUCGAGGCAGGGUUAAAUUACGUCUAAAGAGACGCAACAAAAAUUGUCUAUCCUUAAAAAAUUUUUGACAAACGAACAAGACUACAUAUACACCUUUGCACACACUCUUCCUUGUGCAGGGAAGCUUGUAACAGGGCUUGUUGAUGUGCAAAUGCGUUCACAUAGUGAAUGAAUUUUUGCACCUGACGACCAGCUUUAUUCCUCUGAAGCUUUCCCGAGGCUGUAUUUAUGUGCUACUCUGCGAUUCCACGUACCGAUAUUGUUCUCUACGUCAUACACGCAUACACAUACGUAUUAUUAUUAUUAUUAUUAUUAUUACUAUUAAUAUUAUCAUCAUCGUCAUUAUUAUUAUUAUUAUAAUUAUUAUUAUUAUUAUAUAAAUACACAUUUUUUGAAAAUACUAUGAUGAUUAUUAUAAUCGUGCGAUGUAUUUAAACAAUCAGCUAGCGCCUCUCAGUUGAUGGGGGUGAAAAACGUAAGGAUAAUGGAGAAAAAUAUAUGCAUAAAAACAUGGACUCGUAGAAGCCUCUAAAUUCAGCCUUCGUAACUAAAUCUCUUUUUCCUAUAUAUUUCCUCUCGUUCCAGCGUACGAAUAAAGAAAUUGAGGAAUCCAUCUGACACGACUCUCGCUUUCUUACUCUGUUUCAUAUUCAUCCUGUCAUCCAUUAACUUGAUCACUACUUUUGAUCUCUUCUCUGUCGAUUCGUCAUCCACAUUACACGCAGCCUAUUCAAUUCUCUCACCCUUUAGUAAAAGAUUUUCUCCGGAAUUUCUCCAUAUUACGCCUUUAAUUUCUCAAAAGCCAAAACACAGAGACAAACAAUUUUUAUCUUUUCUUGUUUUCUCUCCAUCUCUUCCUCCCCGCCUCUCUCUCUCUCUCUCUCUCUCUCUCUCGCUUUCUCUCUCAUAAAAAAGGAAAGGGAGUACGAUUUAUAGUUUAAUUAAACUGGUCAUACUGAUAGCUUUGGUGAGAGAGAGAGAGAGAGAGAGAGAGUUUGAGAAAUUGAAAUUGAGAAUGCGACAAGUAUUGAAAAGAUUGUACAAUUUUUAUCAUGAUAUUUGGCCGUCAUCUACGAUGACUACUUACUACAUCUUUAUUAUUAUACGCAAUGUUUAUUUCAUACAGAUAAAAGCGCGGUGGAAACAGAAUUGGUGAGAGAAUUGAUUAAAAAGUAGCAACGUGUCAUGUGGAUAAUCAUACAACUUCGAGCUACUCAACAAAAUUACUGUCAUUUAAUUAUUGUAUACGUAUAUAAUUAUUGUAAUGUGCGGCUCGAUCUCGCGUUCGGAUAGAAAACGCCAACACUGCUCGUAUUUUUGAUUGUCUAUUUCCUCGUGUUACUUGUCCGUUAUUAGUUCUAUUAUUAUCAUUAUUAUUAUUUUUAUCAUACAUUAUCUUUAUUUUUUAAUUCUUCCUCGUCUUUUUUUAUCACUAAAAUCGAAAUCUGCAUGCAUUGGAAAGAAAACCAAAGGCAGUAAAAGGAUUUAUUCAACUUGUUUAUAUAUACAUAUGAUAUAAAUGAGUGUAAAAUUGCGCAUCGGAAAAUAGUAUUUGUUUACGCGAAGCAUUGUAACGCAAAAAGCAUAUAUACAUAUAAUAUGAGAGUGAAAAGCAUUUUUACAAACAAAAACAAACGCGCUUCGCGCUGCAAGUAAAUUCUUCUUGAUAACACGUAUAUUUCGAGCCCGAUUGCAUUGUCCUACAGCGAAAUAUCUCUCAAACUGUAAUUUUUACUUUGUCGUUAUUAUUCUCGCGAUCGUUAUUACUUUUGUAAUUACUUUAGUAACAAAGUAAAAUAAGGAAGAUUAAAAUUCCAGAAAAAAAAACAAUUGAGUCUCUUUAAAGAUGCAACUUUUUUCAUCACAUAACAUGCGACAUUAUUUCAUUAAAGAAAGAGGUGGGGCGUAUAAUUGAAUUCUAUCGUUAUUAAAUUUUACGCUCUUAUCAUUUUCUUAUUAUAUAUGUGUAAAUGAAAUCAGAGAAUUAAUUAAUUUUUUCCAAAUACCAGAAUCAGAAUGGCUGGGGGAGAGGGGCAGGAAAAAAGUUGCCAAAAUGUGUUUUGUCGACUUGAGAGGAUAUGAUGGUCCUUUCUUCUGGGCACAAUCACGUGCGAAAAGUAAAGAGGGAAAGAGGGAGAUAGAAAGAGAAGCGGAAAGAUAUAGGUAUAAAAAGCGCGCGUAGGGGUGUGAUGAGGUAGCAAAGGAUAACCUUCCGUCAUUCGCUGUAUUCGUACAUGUAUAACCGUUUAUAUGUACAUACAUAAAAGGCGAUCACCUUUUCUAUGUGAAAAUAAAAACAAAAGUAAAUCACGUGUGUGCAUGUCUGUCCAAUUAUGCGCGAGUGGUGCGUGCGUGACGAUGUCUUUAAAAAAGAACAAUUUUCUGAAAGGGAGAGAGACAGAGUGAAAAGACAAGUAAUACUGUAUUUUGCGCGUCGCGUUUUUCAAUAAACGUUUUACUGUCGUUCUACACUAUCGAUAUGUUUCGGUGUAUCGGUGUCUGUCUCCCGUUAUUCAAUAUGAAAACGCUAAAUACAAGAAAAAAUAAUAAUAAGUAUUCGGGGAAAUGGUCGAUGUUUUAAAAUCGAUGUUGUGGUUGAUCAUUUAAACAAAAACAAAAAAAAACGAGCGAAGUGUAGAAAUGCAAAAUUAAUCAAGUGUUCUCUCAUCUAAUGACGUUUUAUAAAAAAUUUUACGCGAAGAAAUUGCUGUGCGCGUUCAAGUCAAAUCAUUUCUUUCUCUCUCACUUUCUUAACCCUUCCCUAUUGCUUAUCACCUCUCCUUUUUCGUCUCCAUCAAGAUCCCGGCUCCCUAUGGGAAUCUAAGUCUUACCGAUUUAUACAUAUGCUCAUACAUAUUUUAUUGCGUUAUUACAUAGUGAAUGCAUUGAAACAUAAGAGCCAACGGUCGUCCGUAUGCGUGCAAUUUUCACUGGAAAAUAACAAAUAAUCAUUUAUUGCUUAAAACAGAACACGGAUCAAUAGUAGACUGCAGGGAGCGGCGCGCAAAGUAUACACCGGCAUGACUUGUAUGAUUCCUAGAAAAGAGCCUUAUAAACUUCGCUGCGAUUCAUUCCCUUGUUUAGCUUCGUUGGUGGUACGCAGACAUACGCCUAAACUGACUACUUUUUUCAUUUAUUAAAAUUUUAUUCACUGCUCUUUUGAUUCGCGCAAACGCGACUAAAACAUGCCUUUCAUUGCCGAUUUUUCCCCGCAUACAUUAUAUAAGCGUGUAGAUUUUUUUUCAAAAAUGAAAAUAAUAAUAAUAAUAAAAGAAACAAAGUGUAAAGUAUUCUUACCUAAUAUAUGGAAAAAAUAAAAAUAAAUAAUGAUGCCUUGUCAGCUACGCGCACAGUCAUACAUAGAGCUAUUAAAAUGAGAAAUAUUGAAGCAAA